UCCAAUCUAGAAGGAUGGAGGUUGGAAGUUGUAGAAUUAAUCCUAUGAUUAGCCAUUUGUGAUAUUGUUACAUUAUAUAUAAACUCAUCAUAGAACCAUAUUCUAUACUUUUAUUUUGUUGUUACUUGUUUAGUAACCCUCUUAAAACCUGAACGAAUAUACACCGUGAUGGAUUUGGGGUCAUGGAGAAUUGUUCUCUCUCUUUUUGGAGUCAUUUCUUUGCUCUUUUCUACUUGCUACUGCGACAAAGCUCCAAAUUACUCUUUCAUGAAAGAAGCAACAUUUGCACCACAAGUCUCAUACUAUGACUACAUCAUCAUCGGAGGUGGGACCGCGGGUUGCGCAUUGGCGGCCACCUUGUCCGAGGGAGCACACGUCCUGCUCCUAGAGAGGGGCGGGGCACCAUAUGGAAAAAAAGUUGUGGAAGAAAUGAGUGGCUUUGGAGCCAACCUAAGCGAAGAUGAUGUUCACAAUAACAACUCCACGGCUCAACAAUUUGUGUCAGAAGAUGGGGUGGUGAGUUCACGUGCCCGUGUGCUCGGUGGUGGUUCGGCCGUGAAUGCAGGGUUCUAUAGCCGUGCAGGGACAGACUAUGUAGCCAAGGUUGGGUGGUCAGGGUCCUUAGUGAACGAGUCUUAUGCAUGGAUUGAAAAAAAGGUAGCAUUUAAGCCUCCAAUGUUGCAAUUUCAAUCGGCUUUUCGAGAUGGGCUAGUAGAAGCUGGGGUUAAGCCCUAUAAUGGGUUCACGUAUGAUCAUAUAGUUGGAACUAAGAUUGGAGGAUCUAUAUUUGAUCACAAUGGAAAGAGGCACACUGCGGCCGAUUUGUUGGAGUAUGCUAAUCCUAAUACAACCGUCGUUUAUUUGUUUGCUACGGUUCACAAGAUCAUGUUUCGAACAAAAGGGCAAUAUUCUCAAAAACCAAGAGCUCAUGGUGUAAUAUUUAGGGACUCAAAGGGGAUAAAGCACAAAGCAUAUGUAAAAGCAGGGGAAAUGAAUGAAAUAAUAUUAUCAGCAGGUGCAUUAGGAAGCCCACAAUUAUUGAUGUUAAGUGGAAUUGGGCCAAAAGCCCAUCUUAAGGAACUUGGGCUUGAGUUGUUAGUGGAUCAGCCAAUGGUGGGCCAAGGCAUGACUGAUAACCCAAUGAAUGCUGUGAUGAUUCCUUCACCAAAUCCUGUUGAAGUUUCUUUAAUUCAAGCGGUUGGUAUCACUGAGUUUGGUAGUUACAUUGAAGCUGCUAGUGGUACAAACUUUGCCAAUUCCAUUAUUCACUUAAUGCCUACUUCUUACAAGACUAGCCAACCCACAAGCAACCAAGAAUACAUUAAUAAAGUAGCAAGUGAAAAAUUAUAUGCUGGCCUAAUACUUGAGAAAAUAAUUGGGCCUAUUUCUUCAGGACAUCUAUUACUUAAGACCAAAAAUCCAAGUGACAACCCUUCAGUCACAUUUAACUACUUCAAAGAAAAGGAAGAUCUAACAAGGUGUGUUAAAGGGAUGGAGACCAUAAUCAAGGUAAUUAAAUCAAAAUCAUUCUCCAAAUUCCGGUACUCGGAAUUAACAAUCGAAAGUCUUUUGACCACCAUGGUGAACCUCCCUCUCAAUCGAUGCCCUAGGCCGGCCAACGACACCGGACUAUUUACAACACUUGAACAAUUUUGUAAGCAAACGGUCAUGACAAUAUGGCAUUACCAUGGAGGUUGUCAAGUUGGUAGAGUGGUUGAUAAGAAUUACAAGGUUUAUAAUGUUAGUGGUUUAAGGGUUGUUGAUGGUUCUACAUUCUAUGCCUCUCCUGGGACUAAUCCUCAAGCUACGGUCAUGAUGCUUGGAAGAUACAUGGGAAGAAGGAUUUUGCAAAGCAGAACUGCUGCAUUAAAGAAGAAGAGUUUCAAGGAUUAAUCAUUUUAAAAUGUCACUUUUUUUGUUUUUGUUUUUUAAACCUCUUUUUCCUCUAACUUAAAGGGGGAAAAAAACUCAAAAUUGUCAGAGAAUUUUCAUUGAUAGCAUACGUGUCUUCUUCCAUUGUUAAUCAUUUGACUAGAAAUUUAGAAUUGAUUUUCCUUUUUUAAGAAUUGUCAAUUCAAGGAACAACAAAUAUUUUUUUUUUGCUUAAAAAUAAAAUGUAAACAUGCUAUACUAUGAAGCGUGGACAAAACUUUACUGAGUAAACUAGCUCGCACUUUGGAUAUGCUCAA